GAGCCCCCCCACAUUAAAGAGGAACAUGAGUACCCAGAGCCCCCCCACAUCAAAGAGCAACAGGAAUACCCAGAGCCCCCCCAUAUCAGAGAGCAACAGGAGUAUCCAGAGCCCCCCCACAUCAAAGAGCAACAGGACGACCCAGAGCCCCCCCACAUUAAAGAGGAGCAGCUUCAAGGGCUGGAGGAGGCUCCUGUGAAGAAUGAAGAUGAUGAAGAGGAAGAUCAGUCCUUAGAGCUUGAUCACAGACAAACUGAACACAUGGAGACAGAAGGUGGUGGAGAGGACUGUGGAGGACCAGAACCUGACAGGAACUCGGGUCCAGAUUGGCCUACAGAACCAGAUACUGAUGAGGAGACUGAAGACUCAUCUGAACCUGAGACUGAUGAUAGGAAUGAGACCAGAGCACCUCAGUCAGGUUUAAACUCUCAUACGAAUGAUAAAGGUCCCAUCAGUGUUUCAAGAGGUAGAACAGGUGAGAAACCUUUGAGCUGUUCUAAAUGUAAGACAACAUUUGGUUGCAGUAAACAGCUGAAGAUACACAUGAAGACCCACGCAUCAGAGAAACCGUUCAGCUGCUCAGAGUGUGGUAAGUGUUUCACUGUAAGUGGAAGUCUGAAAAGACACAUGAGUUGUCACACAAGGGAGAAACCUUUCAGCUGCUCAGAGUGUGGUAAAUGUUUCACUCAAAGGGGACAUCUGAAGAUACACAUGAGACGUCACACAGGGGAGAAACCUUUCAGCUGCUCAGAGUGUGGCAAAUCUUUCGCUGUAAGUGGAAAUCUGAAGAAACACAUGAGUUGUCACACAAGGGAGAAACCGUUCAGCUGCUUGCAUUGUGGUAAAGGUUUCUCUACAAGAUGCAUUCUGAAGAUACACAUGAGAUGUCACACAGGGGAGAAACCUUUCAGCUGCUCAGAGUGUGGCAAAUGUUUCACUCAAAGGGGAGAUCUGAAGAAACACAUGAGAUGUCACACAAGGGAGAAACCUUUCAGCUGCUCACUUUGUGAUAAACGUUUUACUCUAAGUGGAGGUCUGAAGAUACACAUGAGAUGUCACACAGGGGAGAAACCUUUCAGCUGCUCAGAGUGUGACAAAUGUUUCACUCAAAGGGGAAAUCUGAAGAAUCACAUGAGAUGUCACACAAGGAGAAACCUUUCAGCUGUUUGCUUUGUGAUAAAUGUUUUACUGUAAGUGGAGGUCUGAAAAGACACAUGAGAUGUCACACAGGGGAGAAACCUUUCAGCUGCUCAGAGGUACAUGUUUCAGUAGAAGUGGAUAUCUGAAGAAGCACACAGAUGAGAAUCCAUUUUAGCCCCAUUACCGAAUCAACCUAUAGCAGAACUAUGUAGACAGAUAUUUUGCAGUUACUUUUACAACAGCUGUCACAGACUUCCUCCCAGGGAUUCAGUCUUCGUGAGAUGACACUCUUGUUCCUGGUGUAAAACUCAUCCAUGAGGCUCCCAGCUGAUGGCUUGUGGAUCCCCCCACACCCGCCUUGUGCCUUUUGUACUCUGAGCCCAGUCCCUCUCCAGGAGUUUGGUUCCUGAAGUAGUAACAGCACUGGCUCUGGUUUCUCCCUCCAAGAGAGGUGAAAGAACUUGUCCAUAGAGCCAGUCUGUGAAGCCCGGGUACAACCCACAAGGUAUCCAACUGAGCUGCAUACCCCUUUGAGUGGUGCGCCCAUAGAGCAGCUGAGCCAAAUGGAUACGUUUCCCCCUAGAUAAAUGGACUGUCUCAGCGACAAGAACCUCACCAGCAAGCUUCAUUCCCAGUUGAGGCUCCAGUAAGGGGCUUCGCUGUCCCUUUUUCAGGGAUGGUCAGUGAUUUCUUGCUCUGCCAACACAACUCCAAAGGUCACAAGGUCAAACACACAAACCGUAUGCUAAGUUUAGCUGGUUGUUCAUUGGAAGGCUGUAUUUAAAGCACGUAUUUCAUAUUUAUAGCAUAUUUCUCACCUGCUGAGCAGCAACUUAUAAUAAAAUGUAUGAGGAAGUGAAGCAUAUCAUACGCAAAAAAGGGAAUACGCAGCUGUAACUAAACAAAGAGAAAAGGCAGACAAUCGCAUUUUGCAGGCUGGUAGUCGCCUUAACAGAGGACGUUGCAUGUGUACGGACUGUGGAAAUCCUCUUUGGUGUAACACAUUCUUCUGUGGCCAGUGAAGGUCAUGAAGAUGUGCGCCAAGGACUUCAGGGCCAAGCACACACUGGACGGUACGGCAAAUAGUGCAUUUAUUCACAGUUUGUCAUCUCCCUCGGCAUAUAAAACAUGCCGCUUUCAGAAAAGCGCAGUGCCACACAGACCAUCUGUGGGAUGGUGAGAGCAGGCUUCAGACCCAGCAGUCUGCACAAAUAACGGAUUCCAUCUCCAGAAAAUCUAUACUUCUCAUGCAGGUACUCGUGGGGAACAGCUAAAGGGUCUGAUCUGAACACCAUCUGACGUCUGAAAGCACGUCUUAAUAUCAGCGCUAAGUACAAAGAAACAUAUCACAGUAAUGUCUUUGUAUCAAGGAAUGUAACCAGAAUGACAUUAAACUUUGAUUUUACAUUUGA